GAGAUCAGCUGUGAUUAUCUGGCAGCAGCACUGAAGUCCAACCCCUCCCAUCUGAGAGAGCUGGACCUGAGUAACAACAACAACCUGCAGGAUUCAGGAGUGAAGCAUCUGUGUGGUUUCCUGGAGAGUCCAGGAUGUGGACUUGAACUCUGAGGUCAAUUGUGGGACUGUGGUUUGUCAGAGAUCAGCUGUGAUUAUCUGGCAGCAGCACUGAAGUCCAACCCCUCCCAUCUGAGAGAGCUGGACCUGAGUAACAACAACAAACUGUGGGAUUCAGGAGUGAAGCAUCUGUGUGGUUUCCUGGAGAGUCCAGGAUGUGGACUUGAAACUCUGAGAUUGUGGGACUGUGGUUUGUCAGAGAUCAGCUGUGAUUAUCUGGCAGCAGCACUGAAGUCCAACCCCUCCCAUCUGAGAGAGCUGGACCUGAGCUUCAACAACAAGCUGCAGGAUUCAGGAGUGAAGCAUCUGUGUGGUUUCCUGGAGAGUCCAGGAUGUGGACUUGAAACUCUGAGAUUGCAGGGCUGUGGUUUGUCAGAGAUCAGCUGUGAUUAUCUGGCAGCAGCACUGAAGUCCAACCCCUCCCAUCUGAGAGUGCUGGAGCUGAGUAUCAACAAGCUGCAGGAUUCAGGAGUGAACCAUCUGUGUGGUUUCCUGGAGAGUCCAGGAUGUGGACUUGAA